AUGGCGCCCAAGAAAGAAGUGGUCAAGUACCUAGCGGCCGGCCGGCCGCCCACAGCUUCGCGACCCAAGAAGAAGGGAGUCGUCAAGAACCUGGCAGCAGGCCGUCCGCCCACGGCCACGAAACCCAAGUCACUCGCGCGGAAAACCACGAAGUCCAUCAUCAACAAACUCCAUCUUUUGGAGAAGAGGAAAGUGCAAGCUAUCAAGAAGGGCGAUAGCGCACAGGUCGUGGCAAUCGAGGCGGAGAUCGAGGCUUUGGGCGGUAUCGAGAAGUAUCAGGAAGCAAGUCUCCAGGGACAGAGACAUGAUCGAGGCGGCGACAGUUCCAGCGUGCUUAUGGAAUGGGUUGGGCCAUAUUUCUCAUCCGAGGAGUACAAGGAUGGCCGCUUGCGCAUGUUGGAAGUUGGGGCGCUGAGUACAAAGAAUGUGUGUGCUCAAAGUAACCAUUUCGACAUCACUCGGAUCGAUCUCAAUAGCCAGGAGCCCGGGAUUCUUGAGCAGGAUUUCAUGGCGCGCCCUUUGCCCAAGGACGAGUUGGGGAAGUUCGACAUUAUCAGUCUUUCGUUGGUGCUCAACUUUGUCCCAGAUCAUAAGGACAGAGGCGAGAUGCUUGUCCGCACCACGCAGUUUCUAACAUCGCCGAAGCGGUUCUCCGGGACAACCGCUGCCUUCUUCCCAAGUCUGUUCCUUGUGCUACCUGCCCCAUGCGUCACCAAUUCGCGGUAUCUCGACGAGGAAAGGUUAACGGCUAUUAUGGAAUCGAUCGGGUACCAGAUGGUGGAGUCCAAGACGACCCAAAGGCUGGUAUAUUACCUGUGGAGGAGAACAUCAGAUCAGGUCGGACACGACAAGCCGUUUAAAAAGGAAGAGAUACGUUCCGGCUCAACACGCAACAAUUUUGCCAUUACCUUGGUCUGA